CGGAACACAUUUAGUGCGGACCGGUGUACCGCAAACUAGUUCCGGGUAUCAAGGAUUUCGUGGCUAACGUUAGCUUUAAUACAAUCUCCGUCACAGAUUCAACUAGACAGUGGAUUAACGGAAAUCCCGGAACAAAAUGGAUGGUGAGGAAAGAACAUACGGUGGCUGUGAAGGGCCAGAUGCCAUGUAUGUGAAACUGAUCUCUUCAGAUGGCCAUGAAUUCAUUGUGAAAAGAGAACAUGCCUUGACAUCUGGGACUAUCAAAGCUAUGUUAAGUGGACCAGGACAGUUUGCUGAGAAUGAAACCAAUGAAGUGAACUUCAGGGAGAUUCCGUCUCAUGUUCUGUCUAAGGUCUGCAUGUACUUCACCUACAAGGUCCGAUACACCAACAGCUCCACAGAAAUACCCGAAUUCCCCAUUGCUCCGGAGAUCGCGCUGGAACUACUUAUGGCUGCAAACUUUUUGGAUUGCUAAAGUUACAAAAAUGAUGUGACUGCUUGAAACAUUUUUAGAUUUUGUUUUUUUUUUUUUUUUUGUUAAAUAUUUAACUUGUUUUGCCAUUUACUUCAUAUGAAACACUGUUUCUGUCUGUUUAUCUUUUUUCUUCUUUCAUGCUUUCUGUCAUUACCUUGGUAUUUAAUUAAAAUGCCAUUUGAAUGUGGCAGGGCAAGUAUGGGGUGACUGCAUCCUCCUCCACAGAAAUCUUUCCUCACCUCUCCAUCUUAAUAAAGACCUAUUUGGUGAGCA